AUGGCUCGUGCCACUCGUUCAACCGCGCAGCUCGAAAAAGACAAACCCGCUGACGUCGGUCCUCCCGCUCGCAAAACAGGCUCAAAAAAGCGGAAACGGACCUCACUCGCGGACUCUGGCGACCAACCCGCCGCAAAGCAAGUACGAACAGACAUAAAGGAAGAGGGCAGUCAGGAGCCCGAAGAACACCCACCAAAUGCCAAACCAGUGCAGCUGCCUGGGAGCGGUGAUGUUCCGAUUGAACCUUCCGACGCGGAGAAGAUUCUAGAUGUCCUGGAAAUGGUUGAUACCCAAGGUCUUCUAGAUCGAGUCUUCCCCCUCCCAGAUGACACCCUUGAGCCAACCUUGCCGGAGUCCGUAGCUAGUCCAUCAACAUUAACGCGGUCAUACUCCUUCCGCGCACUCCUCAAGAACUCUUCAGAUUACCCAUUACGUGUAUUGCGCUCUGCAGUCCAACAUCUCUUUCCUAUAUCAUCGCACCCACGAUCCCGUCCGUCCGCCCCUGCCGCUCAACAGCUCCGUUUCUGCAAUCUCGCCCUGUCGCUGCUUGACCAGGCCUCGUUCCAUUCCUCUCCAAUAUCCCUUGACGUCGAAAGUCUCAUUCCGAUCCUCGAUUCGUCCUCAGCAGACCAUGAAGACGUCAAACUCCCACCUCAGCCUGCCACGGGGCUUCCGAGCAUAUCACGCAAGCGUAAAUACGCACUCGUGCAGCACAUGCCCUCGGGCGACUGGUGGACGUCUCUGAACUCGAGCACAGCCCUGGACAGCCAGGAGCUGAAGGACCUGCCCACAGCCCACGCGGAGUUCGUGUCCAUCCUCCCUUCUGCGUCGACCUCUACGGUGGAGCCGGUGACCUUAGCUGCAUACGCGAAGAAGAACAACAGCUCGGUUCCUCCGGGUCUCCCUGGCCCUCGCCAGCUGAGCUGCGGGCGGUUCCUCGAUUACGGACCGUAUGCCGGCUUUGCGCCUAGCUUUGACCAAGGUGGCGCUGAGGUCGGGAGAAUGACGCUAGGCGAGGUAGUUUGGAGACAGGAGCAGAAAAGACGAUUGCAAGGCAGCGGGAAGGGCAAGCAACGAGCUUGGCCUGGGCGCGGGCCCGCGCUUGGUACUGGAGACGAUGUGGAGAUGUUUGAUGGAGGCGCGGAGGAGGGAGAGAACGUUGGUGAUAAGAAGAAGAAUCCUGAGGUGCUAGAUUUGUCGGCGGUGGUGGAAAGCUUGUUGCCUCCAGAUCAAGUCGCAGUCAUCAAGGCUGCGUUGGGUAGCCUCGAGUUGGAAGAAGCUGUACAGGAACUUUUGGACAAGAAUGCAAGAGCAUUGGUUAGACUGGAGGUGCUGCAAUUGGGACGGUUUGGUGCGGAAGGCGGCGGGUCGAGCGUCGUGGAAGUAGGUUCUGAAGAGUGGGAUGUCGCACAUGGCAUCCUCGACUCGUUGACGCUGUUGGCCUCGCUGCGACCCAGAUCAUCCUUAGACGACAGCCCUCCGUUCGUCCCUCCCGCAUCAGUCUUACACAAGUUGCACCGAACGCUUCCCACUGACGAAACCCAAGGGUGGUAUGGCACUCUUCCUGAGGGGCGCACGACGGCUCUCCGGGACGACACGACCAUCCAAGUCAAGUCGGGUGCUGCAAUGGCACCCAUUCCGGCCGCCCCCCCCAUUCCAGCCACGCCGACGACGGUGAAAGCGGCCGCUCCAGCGUACAACCCCUACACAUACUCCAACUACUCUACAAGUGCCCAGUACCGUGGGGGCUAUGGCACCUACACCCCAGGCCAGGCAAGCACGUACUAUCCCAGCUACACUGCUCCCACGCAGACUCAGACGAGCACGGGCACACACUACCCCGGCCAGCAAUACAACACCAACCAGCAGUACCCGUACUCUUCCUGGCACAACUACCCGCCGUCCGCGCAGCCGCAAGCGGCCGGGAGUGUCGCGGGCUCGACGUCGGGACGCGCCACCCCCCAGCCAGGGACGGCCGUGACGUCGCCCACGACGGUGGCGACGAACUACGCGAGCUUCUUCGCGUCCACGGCGCAGCAGCCGCAGCCGCAGCGGGCGGUGGCGAACACGGUGGUGUCCACCGCAAGCAAGUUGUACCAGUCUUGGUCACCCACGCAGGCGCAGGCGCCAACGCUGCCGCCGCUUCCGCGCAGUGUCGCGACGCCGAGCGCGCCGGAGACGCCGCGGCCUGCGACACCUGGGGGCGCAGGAACGUAUGCGGGGCAGAGAUAUCUUGCGGAUUAUCAGCCUACGACGUCGGCAGCGCGAUGA